AUGAAGUAUACGUUGAUUGUCGCGGCUGCGUCGACGCUGUCAGGGUUAGCGAGCGCUUCAGCCCUCGCACCCGCAGAGCCCAGGAGCGAAAAGCGCGCCUCACCCCAGGCACCCAACGGCUAUGCACCCGCCGAGGUCGACUGCCCGUCGACGCGCCCCAGCAUUCGCUCUGCCGGCAGUCUAUCGCAGGCAGAAAGCCAAUGGCUGCAGACACGCCGCCCCAACACGGUCGCCCCCAUGCGCGAAUUGCUCGAGCGCGCCAACAUCACGGGCUUCGACGUGGGCGCCUACAUGGACCGCCAUGGCAGCAACACAACCGCCCUGCCCAACAUCGCCCUCUCCUUCUCGGGCGGCGGCUACCGAGCCUUGCUCAACGGUGCUGGCGCCCUCGCGGCCUUUGACAGCCGCACCACCAACGCAACCAACCCUGGCCAACUGGGCGGUCUGCUGCAGGCGGCCACCUACGUCUCUGCCCUCUCCGGCGGCGGCUGGCUGAUUGGCAGCAUCUUCGCCAACAACUUCACCUCGGUCCAGGACAUAGUCAACAACGACGACAUCUGGCAGUUCCAAAACUCCUUGUUCCAGGGCCCGCCCACGGGCGAGAUCCGGCUUCUCUCCACGGCCGACUACUUCUCCAACGUGGUCGACACAGUCAGAGACAAGGUCAACUCGCCCGCCGGCGACUUCAACUCGUCCAUCACCGACUACUACGGCCGCGCCCUGUCCUUCCAGCUCAUCAAUGCCAGCAACGGCGCGCCCGCCUACACCUACUCCUCGAUCCAGGACGACGCCGAAUUCGCCAAUGGCAACGCCCCGAUGCCCAUCCUCGUGGCCGACGAGCGCGCCCCAGGCAACAUCAUCAUCUCCCUCAACGCAACCGUGUUUGAGUUCAACCCGUUUGAAAUGGGCUCCCAUGAUCCUACGACGUACGGGUUUGCCCCGCUCAGGUACAUUGGCUCCAACUUUUCCGCCGGUGAGCUCCCCCAGAGCCAGGGCUGCGUGGCAGGCUUCGACAACCUCGGUUUCAUCAUGGGGACUAGCAGUUCGCUCUUUAACCAGGCCUUCAUCACCGCCUCCUCUUCCUCUACCUCGGGCGACUCGACUAUUCUUAACAGUGCCAUCACCUCCUUGUUGGGCGCCAUUGGCCAGGACGCCAACGACAUUGCUGAUUACACGCCCAACCCGUUUCUGGGCUACCACAACGACACGAAUCCAAGUGCGGGCAACCAGCGUCUGACUCUGGUCGAUGGUGGUUCUGAUCUUCAGAACAUUCCUCUGAAUCCCGUCAUCCAGCCCAUGCGUCAAGUCGACGUCAUCUUUGCAAUUGACUCGUCUGCCGAUACGAUAGAGGACAGCCACCCGUCCAAGAAUUGGCCCAAUGGCACUUCGCUCGUGGCAACGUACCAGCGUGCCAAUACGGACAUUAUGAACAGGACCUCGUUCCCCUAUGUACCCGGCCAGGACACAUUUGUCGCACUCGGCCUGAACAACCGCCCCGCCUUCUUUGGAUGCAACAGCAGCAAUGUGACCGAGGGCGACAACAUCCCACCGCUCAUCGUCUACUUGCCCAACUCUCCUUAUGUGUUUUGGUCCAACACGUCGACUCUUGACAAGCUAGACUACACGCUCGAAGAGCGCAGUGGGAUGAUUCGCAAUGGAUACAACGUGGCGACGCAAGGCAAUUCGACGCGCGAGGGCGCAUCCAACUGGCCGACUUGUGUCGGCUGCGCGAUUCUGUCUAGGAGUCUGGAGCGCAACGGCGAAAGCGUGCCGGAGGUGUGCCAGCAGUGCUUCAGCCAAUAUUGCUGGAAUGGGACCGUGGUGGAGACGUCGCCGCCUUAUACGCCUGAACUCGUGCUUGGGGAAGUGAAUACAGCGGCCAACAGUGGUAGCGGUACACUUGUGCCCAGAGCUUUUGGUAUGGGCCUUGCAGCGGCUGUGGCUAUGACUUUGGCAAUGUAG